AUGUCCCAGGCAGCAUGGCACUGGAGCAGACGGCUGCCAGGAUUUGUGGAUUUAACACUCCAUGAUCAGGUCCACCUACUGGAAUGUGCCUGGUUAGAGAUACUGAUGAUUGGCUUAGUCUGGCGCUCCAUGGAACAUCCAGGAAAGCUUUUAUUUGCACCUAACCUAUUACUGGACAGGAAUCAAGGGAAGUGUGUAGAGGGCAUGGUGGAAAUCUUUGAUAUGCUGCUGGCUACUGCUGCUCGGUUUCGCAUGAUGAACCUUCAAGGGGAGGAAUUUGUGUGCCUUAAGUCCAUCAUCCUGCUCAAUUCUGGUGUGUACACUUUUCUUUCCAGCACCUUGAAAUCUCUGGAAGAAAGAGACUAUAUUCACCGUGUUCUGGACAAAAUCACAGACACUCUGAUACACUUAAUGGCUAAGUCGGGUCUUUCACUGCAGCAGCAACACAGACGACUGGCUCAGCUCCUCCUCAUCCUCUCUCACAUCAGACACAUGAGCAACAAAGGAAUGGAGCACCUGUAUAAUAUGAAGUGUAAAAAUGUAGUUCCACUCUAUGAUCUCUUGCUGGAGAUGCUGGACGCUCACCGACUGCAUGCCCCAGCAGCCAGGAGUGCUGCACCGAUGGAAGAGGAGAACCGGAGCCAGCUGACAACUGCAUCAGCUUCAUCUCAUUCCUUGCAGUCUUUUUAUAUAAACAGCAAAGAAGAGGAGAAUAUGCAGAAUACAAUAUAAAUGAAAGUCAGCAUAUAUAAUGAUAUGAGAAACCCAGCAGCGUACUACCUUACUACCUUGCUCAUGCUUCAUUUCGUCUACAGUGACACCUCUGUAAACACUCCAAUGACAACAGUUACCUGCAUUUUCCAUUUGAGUGUUUGUUGAGCGUUUGCCUAAAUUUAUUGCAUAUCCUAAAUGGAAGACAUUUCAUUGCUGUGGACAGCCAGCAAGGAUUGUCAGGCUAACUUGAUUUAACAUCUGCAGUGUUUUUCUUUAAUUUUGCAUGUACGUUGGGUAAGUCCUAAUCAAAACCAAACAUUCAUUUUACUAUAAAUUAACAGGCCACCACCCAUAUGUAUUGGUAUCUUCAGUAGCCUUUGUUGAUAUCUACCCCAAAUGCUGAGCUCACUUAAUCCUUUACUUGCUUGAAACUUUGAAGCAGUUUGGUAGAGAUUCUGGAUGACUUUCGGAGGGGGGGCGGUGUGUAAAUGGAAAGUUGAUUGGCAUCUUAGUGCGUCAUAGUGAAACUGCGCUGUUAGUGACUGCCUUGGUAGUUUAGGUAGAUUCCCAACUCUCUUCUUUCUACAGUGGAAAGGAACCUCUGUCUGAGAAUAGUCCUGUUUCACCUUGCUGGCUUACAUCAACAGACAACUCCCUCUCAAGAUCAUACUGACCGAACUUGUAGGUACCCUUAUCAUAGCCUCUAGCCAAAUUGCAUUGCAUGCAUUCUGUCUGUCUGAUCCUACAAAGCUAAAUUGCUCUGUUGCUUGGCAGUGUGUAAAUCGAGGGCAACAGGGCAAACAGUGAUAACAUAGAUAAUUACUCUUAAAUCAGACCAAAAUCAUCAGGUCUUAAAUAAAUAAUCUUCACACACAUACAUGAUCCAGCACUAUU